GGGCGCAUCGUAGCAGCCGGUGCAACAGUUGCCUCGCGACCAUCAUGGUGGUGAAUUCAGUUCGUGGCGUCGUUUCGUACCUGGGUUCCGGUGCGGGUGCUCCGGAUGCAGCGCGAGCCCUCGACCGGAGUCACCUGACGAGCCGCUGGAAUCCGGCGAUGUACUCCAACGGACCAUCGGGACCCUCGGUACCGCUAGGACCCGGCUACACCACGCUGGAUGGUGGCGGUGGACCCUCUGGUGGGGGUGGCGGUGGAUCCUUCUAUCAUCAUCCGAUGAUGCACCAGAAUCAUCCGUUGGUGGGCGCUGCGGAUGGAUCGCACGGUUACGGGAUGAGGUUCAGUUCGGGUGAGGGUUACGGUGGCAGCAGUAGUGCCCAUGGGGGCUACGACUAUCAUCCACCACCACCGCCCAUCCACACGCCUCCCAUUUUCCAUUCGCAUCCUCCCGUGCACCUCGUGACGACGUAUUCCAGUGGUGGCCAUUCAUCGAUUGGUAAAUCACAUCGCGGCGGAGGAAAGGGCGCGGCGUUGUCCGCGUUGACGCUGCUCGCGUUCCUUUAUUUCCUCAAUAUGCUGCAGAGCUGCCUGAAGGAACAUAUGGCCACAAUGAACCCGACGGUGAUGGUCAUGACGGCUGGUGCGACGCGUCGAAAAGACAUUGCAACCGUGACGGAGCAGGAUCGCAGUUCGGACGAGAGUCACGAGGAGCAGGAAAGCGACGAGGAUGGUCCGGCCGAUAGUGGAGAUUAUGAUGGUGGUGGUGGUGCAGCGGCCGUCGAGAGGUAUGAGGCGAUCUCGCGUCGCUAUCAGCUUCUCACCUCCUCCAAUCACACGCUCAAUCCUUACGUCAAACCAUCAACACGGUCGACGAUCCGGAAAAGGAUACCGGAAACACCUUCCCGGAAUCAAGAGCAGCAGCAACAGCAACAGGAGCAAUGGCGUCAACCAACAACAGUCAGGAAGAGACCUGUCAACCGCUACGGACCAGAUCAUGCCGGAAGUGAUUGGCAUACGAGCGAGCGUGGCCGACACUAACGGCUAAAGUGUGCUUGUGUGUGCUUGUGCUUGUGCUUGUGUGUGUCUGUGUGAGAGUUGUUGGAGAGUUGUUAAGUGAAAAAGUUCUAGACAUAAUAAAUAAACCAUCGAGCGAUUGUCGUCGCGCUGUGUGGACGACAGUGAAAAAUGGCGGCCGUUCCUCGAUGGUCCAACUUCGGGCGCUUCAUUAUCUGACUUACUAAUUCUCUCAUCUCCUGCUUCCAUCUCAUCUCCUCUUGUUCGUGGUAGGUGGAGUGAGGAGUGGGGCAGUAGUGGAUCAUAUGAAAUGCAUAAAUAAUACAAGCGCACACUGGCCGGUGUUGGCAUGGCGCAGCGGCAGCGCAACACCAUCUGAUGGCAUCUGACGCGGCUGACCUACUAGCAGAAGUGCCUAUGGGCACUAUGGCGCAAUCGGUGGAUAAAAUGUUUGUUAGAGGAAAUCGGUUUUCAAUUUCAAAUGAAACGUCGGUUGUAGUUAGAGUGAAUAGUGCUUGAUAGUGAAUGAAAGUGAGUAAAAUAAGGUUGUAGGAAAAUGCGUGAU